AGCUUGUAAUAAAAAAAUAAAAUUGUGUACAAAAAAAAUAACAGUUAUCAUCAGUGCCAAGAGUAGUACCUAUUUCAAAUAUAGUUCUUAAAUUAUGCUCAAGAACAAGCAACCCCGGCUGUGAUGUCGUCGAGAGUAGAAAAGUUCACCCAAUCCUUGGCUCUUGUGGAGAACUUCAAUAACAGUACACCAGCGUUGGCGCAAGCCAGCCACGCUAACGUGGAGAACCUCCUUGAUCUCAUAUUCGAAAUCGGUAGAAGAAGAAUUGACUUCACAGAAGAGCAGAGAAGAGACAUCUGUCGUCUGUUCCCAUACGCCAUCAGGCCCAUAAAGUUGAACAUAGAACGCACCGGGUGUGAAUACAGAACCAGCCUUGGAGCAUCAGUUCUCAGGAAGAGGUCCGCCAUUCAGUUCUUGAUUGACGACUACGGAGAUCUUGCAGUUGGAGAAGGUUGGACGACGCUGAAUGAAGAGCUAGCCAGCCAAAACAUAUGGGAAACUGUUUCUAUUCUGGACAAGAUCAUUGACAACUGGCGAGACAUAUCCGACUCCGACGACGCGGAACCAAAUCGUAUGAUUGCUGGAAUACCAUCUUCUCAUACUUGGUGGUAUUAAUGAUGAUCUUGAUCAAUCCUCCACAUAUUUCACGCGGAAAAUUUUAUCUAGCUACACGAACUCCUAAGGCCAUUGAAUCCUAACAUACCUCGUAGUUUGCCGAAAAGAAAGAAGAACGGAAGACGAAAAAGGAAAAAAUAUCUUUCGUAACAUAAGCUCCUUCGCUAGACAUACGUUGAUUUCUGCUCUUUCUAUCAAAGCUCGUGCCAAAACUCCAACAGAGUUCCAAGAUACCGAGAAGAAGGAUUAUUAUAAAAAACAGCCAAAAUGUUUAAUGACAUUGUCAAUUCAAUACCCAUAGUUGGACACGUGAAUAGUGUUCGCCAUUAUGUUUGUGGGAAUAAAGCAGAAGCGAAAAGAUCGUUUUAUGAAGCUAGUAGGUCAUCUGCUGUGAUUGCGGGCGGUGCAGCGGGGGCGAUACUGGGCCCCGGUGGCAUCGCCGCGGGGGCAGCGGCCGGGGGUGCUUUAGUAGACGCAGGAACCAGUCUCAUCACAGAUGAGCCAGUAGGCGUUGUAGCAGAUAUCAACGACAUUUGCACAGACAUCUCAAACGGAAAGACUCCUAUUGAGUCGUCAAUUCGAUGUGGACUGACCAUCGGCGCAGACAUUAUCGGUGGAAAUACUGGACGAGGCCUUGGAAAAUAUGGCUCUAAAUGUGCAAAGACAUAUUUCAACGGAGUUAAGACCGUUGUCGGUACUAGAUACAUCUACGGAACUGGAAGGAGUUGUUUUGCAGAGCGCGAAAGACAAAAAAGACUUCGAGGCCGUCAAAGCGAGUCUUCCUCAUCGGAAGACGAGGAUCCAGACAGUCAAAGCGAGUCUUCCUCAUCGGAAGACGAGAGUCCGAGAGAUCAGGAAUCCAGUACAAAUCGUUCAAGAAAAGGUGGAACAUCUAGGGAUGCCUCCGAUUCCUCAAAUAAUAGAAGUAGCUGUCAAUGUGACAGAUGCCAAAACAAAUCUGGAUCAGGCGAGCCCGAUUUUGGUGGUGCCGGCGGUCAACCACCGAACGACAACAAUGACAAGGAAAAAAAAGACGAACCAAAAUCUCUUAGUGACUGGGAGGUUAUCUUGGAAUUACUCUGGGACUGCAAUCUAGAGGACAGAGCUAUAAAUGGUAAAACCAUUUUCAAAAACAUGAACAAGUGGCAGAGAAAGGAGGUGAAAAACUUAAUUCGGAACAUUAAACUGAAUUAUCCGCGGGGCUUUGGAAAUAUAAUAAUAAUAACAGAAGCUUUACUACGGCAUGUCGAUGACGAUCUGGUGACAAGUCAUAACUUCGUUAACAUGGCUAAAUUUGUUUUAGCCUAUCUUUGCGACGUGCUAACUGAAAUACACGAAGCCAACAGAGACUGCAAUGAAGAUUACGAAACGAGUCGUGAUAGAAUUGCCGAUGAAAUUACAGAUACAAAUUCCUACGUGAUCCAUAACCUAUUUAUUGUUUUUGAAACUCUAUGGCAAGAGAUAGAGUAUCUAAUGACGGCGACAGAUCCUCAAUUCACGAAUAUAAUCGCCGCGAUUUACCAUUAUUACAAACACAAAUUUAUCAAAUCCAAGAACAUAUUUCUUACACCGGAUGAAUAUUUCCAACUUGCGGUCCAGGCUCUACCUAGAUUAUGGUCACUAUAUUUUCAGCUGUUAAUUGAGGAUGAUGUGCAAGAAAUCGUCUACGAGAGGUACGACGCUAAAGUUGGUAGACGGCUCAAGAUUGUGGUAAAAAAACAAUACAAUGGAUGGACUUUGUCAUCGGUUUAUUACGAAGAUGACAUUUACGACGAUGAUGAAGACGGAGAUGAAUGGAUUAAUGGCAUGAAGAUUCCGCGUGAUAUAUUUAUACUAGAUUCAUGCUUUUAAAAAAACAAGUUCAGGCAAUGGUGCUCAGCAAUACAGCCUAGCGACCAAAGAGAAAAUAAUUGAAUCGGCUGAAUUUUGAUUGGAAAAAACGGUAAACAAAACGACGAUCUAUCAAAUCGAUCCACCAAUUUAUCAAAUUUGCCCUAUUAAAUCUUAAAUUAAAAGUAGCGUUAUCUGCGCUAUGUGUUUAAAUAUGAUAGUUGAGUAUUAAAAAAUUAAAUUACCUUUUGACGUUUAGAAGUGCCUAUAUCAUUCUGUUUAAAUACUUUCGAAAAAAACAUUUCUUCAAGCAACCAAAAAAAUAAUUCACGAACCUAAAUCGUUCGUUUUGCAUAACGAAAACUAAGUUCACAUUGUUUAUCAGAGAUUCUAUUGUCAAAAGUUUCACUCUUUUUUCUACCGUUCGUAGAACGGGUUUCGUUCGGGUCGCUAGUUUCUUUAAAAAUUCUAUCGGUUAAAGCCUAUUUAGCUGUAUGUAGUACAUUUCAUAUUUGAAUCACAUUACUGCAUGCAGGGCAUUGUGUACAAAAACAGUGAAAACACCCUGCUCACACACAACUGCGAAAUGUAGCUUAGGUCACAAACUUUUUCAAUUUUCCCCAUUUUAUGGUACAUGUUCAUUUUAGAAGAGGAGAAACAAACCAAAAUGGAAUCUUUUUUGGUGCUUCAAUAUCAUUUGUGUACCUACACGGUUCCUGUGUAUACGUUCUUAAUUUUGUGAUUUGAAUAUGAACAUUAGAUUUAACUAGAUUAUAGGAAAAGGUGAGAAAUUGACUGAAGAAAAGGGCGGGAAACUUCGUGCAUGGCGGACGACGCGGCUUUUUCAGUUUUUUUUUAGAUAUAUUGUGAAUUCGUUUUUGGGAAGAUUGGUGUUGUUUGUAUUGUGCAUGUUGUAUUGUUAGUGCAAACUGCGAUGUGUACGGUAUUGACAGCACCGGUCCUUUUCGGGGCGAGUUUGCGGUAAGUUUGCGGAGGGGUUUGGGGGGGGGGGGGCAGUG